AUGGGCGGGAGUACAAGGUGCGAUGCCACAGUAUGCACCGUGUACACAGGACACAGCAAGAAGAGCAGCCAGGUCCGGAUGGCGCUGACUUUAUACAAUUCUGUCAAAGCGCCGCGGGAAUUCGGUCCGUCCAGCCCGUGCCGGCAGCUGAUGGUGCGACUCCGGGGUAACGUUGCCGGGGCAGCGGGGAGCCCGGCCCGGCCCAGCCCGGCACUGGGUCUGGUCAGUCGGGCCGCAGACAUGGCAGUGUGGGCAACGCAGGACUUUUGCCCCGGACUCGGGGGGGCCGCCGGCCCACAGAACGAUAACUGGGAGGGCGGGGGGCGCCGCUACAGCGAGAGCACGCUGCUUGAUCGCUGGUUCGAGGAGAGGAGUGACCUCCGCUAUCUCCGCAAGAUGAAGCCUCUGCCGUCUCAGUAUGAACAUGCGUAUCGAACAAUAUAUGAGGAUUCCUACGUCAAGCCAGAGGCUCCGCGGCGAAACUUUAAACGCGAGUUCCAUGCUUAUCCUGGGCACCAGCCAGAGUUAGACCCUCCGAUCACCAAGAUAUUCCCAAAGACCACCUACAUGCUGGAUUACAUGGACCCCGUGUUGCAUUCUAAUCCUCUCGCACAGUUUGAGCCGGACAGAGGGGAGAGCCAGCAGCUGGAAUAUUGCGGGCUCCCGGUCACACCAGAAACGGAGAAGCAGCAGCUAUGUUUCUCUUACAUUCCUCUGGAACCCUGCUCGUCCACCGGCGGAACGGAGGGCAGGCAAUCGGAUCUCCCGUUUUGUGGGUCUUUCGUCCCCACGAGGUAUCCUUUGGGGCUGUGCACGGCGCAGUUUUGCCAGUCUUGCACACCGGCCGCGGUACCUCCCGGGUCAGGCCUGUCUGCGUGCUGUGGGCCCGGAGCUCCAUGAGGAAUGGCACUCGGCCUGGGAGAGGAAUCAGUGGAGCGGCGCAGUUAGGGACGGGAGAAAACAGAGAGACUUUCAUUGUAAUUAAUAGUAUGGAAUGACUCAAAUAAACAGGGCGUGGUGUAUGUAAC